AAAGACUUGAGGGGCAAAAAGACUUGAGGGGGGUCGUCGACUGAAUCAAAGAAAGCGCAGAGCCGAGGAGAGAGAGCCACAGAUGAUUUGAUGCAUUCAAUUGUUCAUUUCUCUCUCUCUAAAUCUAUAAUUUUCAGCCUGAUUUAAUUUUUCUUUUGUAAAAGAACGAAAAAGGGGAGAAAAAACCCUUCAAAUCUAGGGUUAUUUUUUCUUGCUAAAUUUGAUGGAACCGCGCGUGGGGAACAAAUUCCAGCUCGGCCGGAAAAUUGGCAGUGGCUCGUUUGGAGAGAUCUAUCUGGGUACUAAUAUCCAGACAAAUGAGCAGGUUGCUAUUAAACUGGAAAAUGUCAAGACAAAGCAUCCCCAGCUACUCUACGAGUCUAAGUUGUACAAAUUACUACAAGGAGGAACUGGAAUUCCGAAUGUUAGAUGGUUCGGAGUUGAGGGAGACUAUAAUGUCCUUGUCAUGGAUUUAUUGGGACCUAGUCUUGAAGAUUUGUUCAGCUUCUGCAGUCGAAAACUGUCUCUGAAGACUGUUCUCAUGCUUGCAGAUCAGAUGAUUAACCGGGUUGAAUUUGUUCAUUCUAAAUCUUUCCUGCAUCGGGAUAUUAAGCCUGAUAACUUUCUUAUGGGCUUAGGAAGGCGUGCAAACCAGGUAUAUGUUAUUGAUUUCGGGCUUGCAAAGAAGUAUAGAGACUCCUCAACCCAUCAGCACAUUCCAUAUAGAGAAAAUAAAAACUUGACUGGAACAGCUAGAUAUGCUAGCAUGAAUACUCACCUCGGCAUUGAACAAAGUCGGAGGGAUGAUUUAGAAUCACUUGGAUAUGUUCUCAUAUACUUCUUGAGAGGAAGUCUCCCCUGGCAGGGGCUCAAAGCAGGAAAUAAGAAACAAAAGUACGAAAAAAUCAGUGAAAAGAAAGUUUCAACCUCUAUUGAGGCUUUAUGUCGGGGCUAUCCUACGGAGUUCGCGUCUUACUUCCAUUACUGUCGAUCGCUUAGGUUUGAUGAUAAACCGGACUAUGCUUAUCUGAAGAGAAUUUUCCGUGACCUUUUUAUUCGUGAAGGUUUUCAAUUUGACUAUGUAUUUGACUGGACUAUUUUGAAGUAUCAACAAUCACAGCUUGCCACUCCUCCAUCUCGUGCCCUUGGAGCAACUGUUGGAACAAGUUCAGGGAUGCCUCGUGCCAAUAUUGAUAGGCAAUCAGGUGGUGAAGAAGGAAAUGCAACUGGUCUGUCUUCUGCAAAUGCUACUCAUGGUAGAAACAUUUUGAGUUCUGGAAGCUUAUUGAAACAAAAAGGCCCAGUUGCAAAUGACUCAGCCACGGGUAAAGACUUACCGAGUUCUAGUAUUUUCCGUUUAAGUGGAUCUUCAAGGCGACCUGCUGUGUCCAGUAGCCGCGAUCCAGUUAGUGAUUAUGAUCCUUCACGGAGAGAUGCAAGCCCAGGACUCCGCAAAAUAUCCAGUGCUGCUCAAAGAAGUUCACCAGUCGUAUCAUCAGAUCACAAGCGCACUGCCUCUAAUAUAAAGAAUUUUGAUGCUACCCUCAAAGGUGUUGAGAGCUUGAACUUCAACGACGAGAGGGUGCAUUAUUAGGCUCAUUCCCCCCCUACUGUAAAUUUCGGAACGGUAUACAUUCUAUUCCUGGAACACAGAGGAUUGUGCAGUAUGGAAAGCCGCUCGUUGGAAUUUAAAACGAGUACAAGUCGGGAACUCUGCAAAAACCCCACACAGAGAGAUCUUACUAUCUAUUAUGUUUAUGUUUUUUAUACUAUAAAUACAGUUAAAUUCCCCAUUGAGGUAUCUUAAAUUUUCAUGUAAGUUUGAUUCAUUGUACAAUUUUGUGACGAGUUUGUGGUCUGGUUUAGUUUAGCAAAGGAUUGAUGUUACAUGUUUGGCACGUAUGAAUUACAAACAACGUAAACAAAGUUUUA